AUGCUCCAAUACCCUUCUCACCAGAUUGUCAACAAUCCCCUUUCAUACUUCUCCAGACCAAGGCAGAGCCAGGUCAGCACGUCGCCGGAACUGGCGAAACGUGGAUCGGGUGACCAUAGCAUCGGCCGGGCGCAAAGUCUGCAAAACACACGCACCGAUUCUCUGCCCAACGUCAGCGCACCGUCAUCGCGACAGCCCAGUCCACCUAGAUUGACCGACUCUCCAGUCUCGAUCAUCGCGGAUGGCACCCACAAGUUCCCGGCAUUCGAUACUGCAGAUGAUCCGCAUAACCAGCCAAAGAUGCAGAAUGGUGAACAAGAUGCUCAGGUUGAACCAGAACCUGCGGUUGUCGACAGCUUGCCCAAUGUUACACUCGCUGUAUCUGAUCCGGAGCCUAAGGAUGAUCCUGCCCCGGAAUCCCCGAAGAAGGAGAAAGACAAGCAGAGGCGAUUCACGAUACAUGCAGCACUCUUCGGGGGAGACAAACUUAACCACGAAAGUCCGGAGAAGAAAUUGAAGAAACUGAGACGAAGGACCCUGUCUUUGCCACAGGAUGAAGUUCCAGCAGAACCAUCGAAGCCGGAAUCUGUACAGACCGUACCGUCUGCGGAGACGCCUGCGGGUGGUGCGACAGACGAAAAUGGCGGUUUCUCGGCACACCCCGUCGUUCGGCCACUGUCCUUGGUGAUCCCAGAUGCGCCCAAAGGCAAAGAAAAGGAAAUCACUUCUGCGCCGGUCUACGGUCGUUGCUCAUGCUGCGGGAGGUUGAAACGGCCCCACGGAUUUAACAGCGAGCUGAGCCCAGUGCUGGAGAAUGAAAAUUUGAGGACGAACUUCAGCUUUGAAAUAGAGCGGACAUCCGGCUCAUCUGCCAGAAGAAGUUCUGACGCGAGCCGCGACAGAUUCAUCCCUAUCAUACCCAUGCAAGUGGGCCAGGAUGAGACCCGUCAAGCCCGUAUCGAGCCCUACAAUGCGCCGUCCGAGUCUCAACCCGAACACCCGCAGCACACUGGUGAGAUGGAGAUGGAAAUUGCCGCAUCAAGUCCGGUGCGGCAGCCCCUCCGGCAGAAAAACGCGAGCCCAAUAAAACUCAAGAGGAACUCAGUGCCUCCCGGCUUCGUCAGAUUUGCGAGUCUACACGGAAAGCGGAAUGGAGACACUGGGCCAAUUUUCGAAGAAGACGAAGAGGGAGAGAAAGAGGUCGACGAAAAUCAGCCAUUGAUGACCGAGCAUGCUGAUAUGGAGGACUCCACCAUACAGACCAGGGAUUUUGCGACGGUAGCCAACAGGACUGCGGUAGACCGACCUGACCUUCCGGUGUCUUCGGCAGCUCGAGCCAUUGUCGAGUCUUUACCGAGUGUCAACGACAUGCAACUCAUGACGACUGGUCUUAUGGACGCCCUCUGGCAUGAAAAUACUCUUGCGGUAGGCCAUUCGGAUAAAUUCGCUAUACCUGCGCAAGCGAAAGCGCUUGCAGACGAAAAUCAGCGACCUCGUCAGGAUGUCAGUCAGUCUGUGCACUGGGCUUCCACCGUUGAUCAACCUCUGGCAGAGCGGCUGCCGCUUGUCAGCCACGAAUCAGCCGUACUAGAAAAGGAGGGCCGUACUCCGGUAUGCAUCACGGAGGGUCCGACUUCCACGACCACGACCACCACAGUGACAAUCAUCACGCCGACUUCAGCUACCACCACCACUACCACGGCCGCGGCAACCUCGGUGGCGACUCCGUGGGAGCAAGAACUUUCCGCCUCGCUGGGCGGCACCAAUGCAGUGGAUUUGUCGUUGCGGCCGAAAUUCGGCAGCACCAACGCGACGGGCCUGUCCCUGCGCCCGAAAUUCAGCUUUGAGAGCAUGCGCAGCGCGAUCGACGUGGCGGAGAGGGAGAGGGAGAAGGAGAAGGGCAAGGAUCCCGUGGGCAAAGUGACGGGGAAGAGGAAGUCGGCGCUUCCAGGACGGAUGGGUGCGAAGGCCUGA